AUGCUUUCCAGAAUAUGUGGUGUUGGCUUCAAGACUGGAUUUAGAAGCUCAUUCAUAAAAGCAUAUACCUUACAGAGCAGAAACACCACUUUUAGAUCUUUACAUUCUUCACUUUUCGCACAUAAUCAGGAGCACUUAGAUGCUGAACGAAGCCGGCCAUUGAAAGAGUCAAAUUCACCAAAUUCUGAGAAGAUUAAUGAAGCUGUACAAAUUCCAGAUUUGACACCUCUCAAAUACGAGCAGAACUUGUAUGCUACAAUUAACAUUCAUAAUCGUCCUUUCUUAGUAACUAAGGGAGACAUUAUUAUAUUACCUUUUAGAAUGAAACAUGCAGAUAUUGGGGAUGCACUUCAGUUUACAGAUAUUACAACAGUUGGAUCAAGAAACUACACAUAUCACGUCAAAGAAGGAUUACCAUCAGAUGCAGUUACAAUCAAAGGAAUAAUUUUAGAGAAGACAAAGAAUCCUAUGUAUGUGAAGGAGAUUACAAAGAAGAGAAAUAGACAUACCAGACAUGUUCAGGUGAAGCAUGACCUCACAAAAAUCAGAAUAACUGAGUUAAAACUUAACGUUUAA